AAAAGGAGGCGGCACAGGCGGGGCGGGGACGCGCAGCCCCAGCGGCCGCCCCAGCGCCGCCCCCGCCCCGCCGGACCCGCCGCGUCCCGGGCCCGGGCCGGGGCCGCCGCACGGAACAGGAAGUGUCGCCGGGAGCCGGGAAAGGCUCGGCGGGGCCGAGCGGAGCCCGAGCCCAGCGAGGCCCCUCCCCGAGCGGCCGGCAGAGGACGAUGGGGGCGGCCGGGCUGCUGUGGGCCCUGCUGGGGGCCCUGUUGCUCCCUCCGGUGGCCGCGGAUGAGGGGAUCCUGCACGCCUCCGGGAGCGGGCUGCCCCCAGUGACAAAGGAUUACUGCAUCAUUUACAAUUCUAAGUGGACAUCUCUUCCAAAAAGCCUGGACAAUGCUACUUUCAGGACUCUGGAAAACCUGACUUCCACAGUCCUCUGCAGUUCAUCUGAAGUUCCUUCUGGCAUAAUGAAGGACAAAGCAGUUGUAGUGAUGAGAGGAAACUGCACCUUUUUGGAGAAAGCAAGAAUUGCACAAAGUUUGGGUGCUAAGAUGCUGUUGAUUGCCAGUAAAUCCGGGCUGUCUGCUAUUUCAGACAACAAGACUGAUUUUGAAGAUGUGACUCUUCCAGUUGCUCUUAUAAGAUACAAUGACAUAGUAGAUAUGCAGCUGACACUUGGAAAUGAAGUUAAUGUGACUCUGUAUUCACCACCUUUGCCAGAGUUUGAUUACAGCAUGGUUGUCAUCUUCCUAAUUGCUGUGUCUACAGUGGCACUGGGAGGCUACUGGAGCGGAGUAGCAGAACUGGAGAAUCUGAAAGCAAUAGCAAGUCCAGGGGAGAGAGAAACCAGACGGAAGAAGGAGGAAAAUGUUACCUUCACCCCUGUAACAGUUAUCUUGUUUGUUGCCAUCUGUUGUGUCAUGCUGGUCUUACUUUAUUUCUUCUACAAGUGGUUAGUGUAUGUUAUAAUAUCAGUCUUCUGCUUGGCCUCUGCGAUGAGUCUGUACAACUGUCUGGCAGCAUUAGUAGGAGAAAUCCCAUUUGGGCAGUGCAGGAUUACAUGUUGUAACAAAACCAUUGAAGUGAGGCUUAUUUUUCUUGCUGUGUUCUGCACAGCAGCAGCUGUUGUCUGGGCAGUGUUUCGAAAUGAAGACAGGUGGGCUUGGAUUUUGCAAGAUAUUUUGGGAGUUGCCUUCUGCCUAAACUUCAUUAAAACACUGAAAAUGCCCAACUUUAAGUCCUGUGUAAUACUUCUAGGCCUUCUGCUUCUAUAUGAUGUGUUUUUUGUCUUCAUAACACCAUUUAUCACGAAGAAUGGGGCAAGUAUAAUGGUUGAAGUUGCAGCUGGUCCCUUUGGAAACAGUGAAAAGAGUGAUGGAAACUUGGUGGAAGUCCCUACUGAACGCUCAGCUCCCCAUGAGAAAUUACCUGUGGUUAUUAGAGUGCCUAGACUUGAACACUCUGCAUCGACACUGUGUGACUUGCCAUUUUCAUUGCUGGGUUUUGGAGACAUUAUUGUCCCAGGGCUUCUGGUUGCUUAUUGUCGAAGAUUUGAUGUUCAAACAAGUUCAUCUUCUGUAUACUACAUUUCCUGCACAAUAGCUUAUGCUGUUGGUAUGGUGCUGACUUUUGUUGUUCUGGCACUAAUGAAGAUGGGACAACCUGCCCUUCUCUAUCUUGUACCAUGUACACUCAUCACCAGCUCACUUGUUGCCUGGAGGCGCAAAGAGAUGAAGAAGUUUUGGAAAGGAAGCAGUUACCAGAUGAUGGAACACCUGGAUUACACAGGAAAUGAAGAAAGCACAGCAUCGGCCCCUGAACAGCCUGGAGGACAAUAACAUAUGGGAUCCUGAUUCAAAAUGGCAUUUGAAUUUUCAACAACUGAAUUACACUAAAUUUGGUGAAAUUUUACAGUAGAGUGUUUCCCACUCUGUGUAAAAGGGUUUUUUAUUCCUGCACCUAUAUUUUUAUGGAAAAUAUUGUUAACGACAUAAAAGUAAUCAAAAUAGACUUGCAUUUUUACAGCCAAACCAUAGCUAGUAAAACUGUGCCUUAUUUCAAUUUAAAUAAAAGGAUAUUUUCUAUGCAA